UUGAUUACCUGCCACCCUAAAUCCUCCGAUCCAAACGGAUAACAUAGUCAUAUUCAUUACUAACCCACAUGGCUGCCAUACCCCUCCUUUCACCACCCACCACCGCCACAAAGACCACCGUCAGCCACCACUCCCCCCACCCCUCCUCUGCAUCCUUCUUCCCCACCACCAAGUCCAACCCCCACCGUCGAAUCAGCAGGCUCCGUGUGUCCUCUCCCCCCAACCAACCCGUCUCCACCACCCCGCCCUCGACCGCCGCAAAAUCCGCCGGAGAAACCGUCUUCUUCGACGGCGGGGCCCACUACGGCGACCUCCUGGCGAACCUCCUCCUGGGUUUCACCCUGUUCUGGCUUCCCCUGACCCUUGCGGCAGUAUCAAGGGCCUUGUUCCUGCGCUACAGGUUCACCGACCUGAGGGUGACCGUGAUAUCGGGGCUGACGGGUGAAGACCGAAGCGAUUUCUCUUACAAAGUGAUAAAAGACGUGCAGGUUGUUCCGCGCUUCAUUGGGGAGUGGGGUGACAUUAUCAUCACCCUUAAAGAUGGCACCAAAGUGGACCUAAGGAGUGUACCCAAAUUCAGAGACAUCGCAAAGUAUUGCCUCUCCAAGGCCCAGAAACCCACCGUUUUGCAAGACACCAGACCUAAUAAAGCCUUUUAAGUUCAUCACCCUUUCACAUUCUUUUUUGCUGCACAAUCUUCUUCUGUCUUACAGGUAUUUAUUUAUUUUUGUUUUAUAAUUGUAUACCCAUGUAAAUUGAUCGUUAUACACUUUCCACCUUUUCC